AUAUUAAUUUUAUUCUAGAUGUAGAUGAUCACAUAAUUAAACAAUAUGAAUAUUGAUUGUACAAUAACUAAAUUAGGUGAUAUGAAUAUUGAUGGUCGAAAAACAGAAAUCAUAUCACCUAGUAAAUUAAAUGAAUCUGAACCGUAUGAUAUUUUUAAACAACUUCCACUUGAAAUCAUUAAUACAAUAGUCCUAAAGUUGGACUUCAAUGAUAUUUUGAACUUGAAAUUAGUUAAUAAGAAGUGGCGAUGUAUAUAUUUAAACCAAAAUGAGAUAUGGGGUAAGAUUUGUAAGAAUUUAAAUAUACAAGCUAUUGAUUACAACCGGUGUCUAAAUGAUAGGGAAAGACAUGAUUCACAAUGCAUGUCAUAUUCUGAAAUAGUUUCACAAAAAUUAUUUGGGUCAUUAUGUGAUAAUUGGCUAACUUUUAACCAUUAUAUAACGGUUGUCAAGAAUAUGAAAAACAACUAUUUUCCGUUUAUUAAAAUACCUCAUCGACGUUUUGAACAAUCAUAUUGGACUGAUGAUUAUAUAGUAAAUAUGAAUUACUACUAUAAAAAACCAAUUGAAAUACUUAUUUUAAAUGGUGCAAAUAAACCUAUAGAAAGAAGAAUUUUGCCGUUAUUUAAUUUACUUAGAGAAUUUAUUAAAAAAUGUUUUUUAAAAAAAUAUCCAGUCAAAGUAAUUGGUAAUAAAAGAUUCUUGGUGCUUGAAAUUUGUUCCAUUAUAUUUGUAUAUUCAAUUAAGAAUACUGAAUUCAACAAAAAAUUUUUUAAAGUGAUACAGAAAUCUGUUGAUUAUGGCUUGAAUAAAGAUGAUUUCAACGAAGAGUUCUUAAUUGAUCAUUGUGAUACAAAAUUUGAUUUAUAUGAAAAUAAACUAUCAUUAGUGCACCCAGCUACUAGUACAUUAUUUGUAACUGAUUUGAGUACAGAAAAAACAUAUAAAGAGCUGCAAUUUAGCUCAAAAGGAUGCAUUGUUGAUAGCAUGAAAUGCUCAGAUUAUAGACUCAUGAUUGGAAUCACAAGACCGAAGAAAAAGAAUUUUAAAGCUACAGAACAUUUGGCAAUUCUUCAUCAAUUCAAAGGAUGUAAAGAAAACAAUAGAUUACAGAUACCCUUGGUAGGGCCCGUUACUCAGUUCAAGGCGAUCGGCAAUUAUAUUGGAGUAGAAAACAGAGGAUCUGCAACUCCAUUCAUCACAUUGAAAAAUAAUUCAUUCUUAAACAUGUUUUGGCUUGAAUGCGAUACUUUUUCAUUUGAUUGUACAAGAAACUAUAUUUAUUACAAUGUUAAUCAAAGUAUAUUUCAGUAUGAUAUAUUAAAGUCCACUAUGGCCAAAUUUGAAGUGAUACAAAAAAUAGCUGGUGAUGCAAUAUCAAAUCUCUUACCUCUAACACCUUUAAAUGAUAGAUAUUUGUUAGUACGAACGACUCUUCCAAAUUCAUAUGAAAUAUUUGACGUCAAAGAACAUGUUUCUAUUAGGUCUAUACAUUUAACUCCAGGGUAUUCAUUAGUUCAUGUGGGUAAAUUAUCUAUGAUUUUCUCUCAUUCCUAUAAAACUAUGGUGGUUGCAUUUAAUUAAUUAUGUAAUUUUUUUUUUACAACAGUUUUUUUUUAUAUAUGUAUUAUGAUUAUUGUUUUAAACUCCAUUACAAUGCAAUGUUUAUUGCAAAUUAUGUUUUGUUGAUAAAUUAUGAAUUAAAAAAAAAUAUAUAUAUAUUUUUGAAAUUAUAAACUAACUGAAGGCUAUUUGUCAUGAUGAUUGGGUUAACUUACUAUGAUUGUGUUCAAUAGGAUAAUAUAGAAAUAGAAAUAGAAAUAAUAU